CGUCCACGGAAGGAUCCCGAGAGCGCCACUCUCUUCCUUCGCUCCUGCCACUCGCUUGCCGACUCGGAAACCCCACUCUGUUUCUCUCUCUCUCGAUUCGUUCGGCUCCAAUGGCGGAUCCCCACCCGCCGGAGGUUCCGGCGAACGGCGGCGGCCCGGCGGAAACUCUUGUCCCCUGCCUGGGCUCCAAGCGGCAGCGCCGCCCCAGCGUCCGCCUCGGCGAGAUCGGUGACCAGCCCGCUGCCAUCCCCUAUGAGCCAUACAUCCGCCGCACCAAACACUGGAAGCUUCCCUCCGACCACGCCAAGCCCCGGGCCUACCUCUCCAGGGAUCCCUUCAAGCACUCCUCCAAGACCCGCCCCCUCACCACCCUGGCCCCCGAAGGCGACGCCCUCGACGGCCCCCCUACCUCCGACGACCACGUCCUCCUCCCCGUCGACGAGAACCUCGACUUCCACGGCGCCGGGAUCCGGCGGGGGAGCCGGGACGGGAAGGCGUGGCGGGGCGGCGGAGUCAGGCGGGCGAGGUCGAGCUGGAUCCCGAAGGUCGACGAGGGCAACGAAGGCCCCGACUUGAAAUCGAGCAGCGGGGAGGACGCUGGCGAUGAGGGCUAUAGGGAUAAUUUGGAGAGUCCGUCGGAUAGGAAUGAUAGGCGGGCCGCAGCGAGGGUUAGGGUUUCGGAGAGCAGGGAUGGUGGUCCUUGGGCUGAGGGGGAUUUGCCAUCGGAGACGGACAAUAGGGAUUGGAACAACCGGAACGGGUGGUGGCGCUCGGUCGGGGACGGUGGCGUCCGAUCCUGGCUCAAUGGGUUGGGGCUGGGCCGGUACGCUCCGGUGUUUGAGAUCCAUGAAGUGGAUGAUGACGUUCUGCCAUUGCUGACGCUGGAGGAUCUGAAGGACAUGGGGAUUAAUGCGGUCGGGUCAAGGAGGAAGAUGUACUGUGCUAUCCAGAAGCUCAGGAAGAACGUCAUGUGAUCGGUUCGCUUGCAUGGACGGCUUUGUUCAGGGAAAAAGGAUAUUUUCGGAUGCCUGAAAUGGUUGGUUGGUGAUCUCUAUCUUCCAUGGAUCAACUUACAAAGUUUCUUAGAAUCUAAUUACUUGUUUCUAGUCAUAACACCUUAAAUUCAUGUAUAUUUUGAUGCUGCUUUGUGGUCAUAAAUGUUAGGCCUCAGCUUCUCGCAACUUUUGAUGAAGGAGCACCAUGGAAAUGAUUUGAGUAUGGCAAGUUCAAAUACAAUAUAGGAUUAUAAAAAGAAGAAGAAAGUAGGGUCAUCAAUCUUUGAGUUCGUUAAGCACAGUAGCAAGGCUGUUGUGCCCUCCAGCACUGAAUAUGAAUCUCUUGGGUGUACCUAAAUUGAGAGCCAAAAAGUUUUGCUAUCCAAGCGGUGAUAUUGUGACAGUGUUUUCGUUUUCUCAGGAGAGGAUAGAAGUAGGUAAAGUAGUUACCAUGUUUUGAGCAGUGGAUAAAGAGGCGAAGUGCUUAUAGGAGCUCUUUGAUGGCUGCAUGUCCUUGAGAUUUUUAAGGAAAAAAAAUGUAGGAUGAAAGAAAAGCCAUGGCAUUGCAAUGAUCAGAAUGUUGGCGACAACCAGUUAGCAUGGUGAAUGGCAGCUUAUCCAAAGAUGAAAGUUAUAUUAGGAAUGCAUCUUUUGGAUUGUGUUCAAAUUUUUAACCUGGAGCAAGCUUUAGAGCAUAAGAAGUGGGAAAAUUUCGAGUGUAAUAUUAGGAGUCUUUACUGCAAAAAAACUGCAGAUUUGUCAAGAAAUUAGAAUCUGGCAUAUUAUGGUUGGCUUCAACAGCAAUGUGUAUUUGAAAACUCUGAAGGGUUUUGCAAGUUUUAGAUUUGCAGUUUCUAAAUUAUUGUGGCGAUGUUGUUAUUUCCAACAAAGGCACUUUGUUUUUCUUUUUGUAUUCAUGGAUAAAUCUUCACCCCUAUGUUCAUCUGGUAAUUCAUGUCAUGACCUAACGGUCGCUGUGAUGAUUUCUUGCU